AUACGAAAAAGCGAAAACGAAUAGAAAGAGGAAAACGAAAUCGGGAUAAAAGCGGAUUACAUCAAGGAUUAAAUAACAAAUGGAGCAUAACAGUGGCAAAAACCAAAUGCAAAUUAAAUCAAAUUGAAAGAGCACGAAAAACCACACAUUCAGAGCGGGAAAACAACUGGUAGGAAGAGAGAGAGGCAGUGUGAAUAAAUACGAUGAGCACAAAACAAACAUCAACUGCAACAACUCUAGCGAACUCGGAAAAGCAGCCUGGCGAAAUGAAAAACUUAUGAAAAACGUUAAAUUAACAAAAGUAGAGCGAACAACUUUAAGCUCAGACAGCGCAUACGGAGUCGGAAUUCGGGGCCAGGUUAGGGCCAGCACCCGCUAACCAUCCUGCCAGCCAAUAAAUAAGUCAGCCACAUUAAAGUCAAAAUAAUAGAUAGAGCAAUACAGCCUGUCCCUACUCAGCAAAAACCGCAGCGCAGCUAUUGCCACGAUGUGCACAAGUAACAGGAACAACAACAACAGCAGCAACCGCAGCAAGGAGCACUGUUUCUUGCCAAUCUUAUGGGUCUCCCUAGUUGGCGUUGUCCUGACGCUGAACCUUCCUGGCAGUUUCAGCGAACAGCACCCUGCGACGGCUGAUGAAGGUCCACUUUCAGAUGUGCUCACAGCCGUGGGCUCGGAGGUGGCGCUACCAUGCGAUCUAAUGCCCGGUACAAUGAUCGCUGAUAAGGUCCAAUUGGUCAUUUGGUAUCGUCAGGGAAACGUGAAACCCAUCUACACUUUUGAUGCCAGGGGUCGACCGCUGCAUCAGGCAAUACCCUGGGCCGAUGAGAACGUCUUCAACAAGAAGGCUCACUUCUACUAUGACACAAAUCCGCCGGCUUUACGCAUCAAGAACAUUCAGACCACAGAUGCUGGGCUCUACAAAUGUCGUGUUGAUUUCCAUAAAUCACCAACUCGCAAUUGGCGCAUUAAUGUGACAGUCCUGGUGCCACCCACGCAGUUGACCAUAUUGGACCACCAUGGAGCAGCAGUGCGCGACCAGACCGCUGGCCCCUAUCUGGAGGGAGAUAGCAUCAAUUUGACUUGCCUAUCCAGCGGUGGGGUACCACCACCUCGAGUUUCCUGGUGGCGCGAACAUGCCCUCGUCGAUGACUCGCUUCAGGUGCUGCCCGACGGUUCGGUGCGCAACACACUGCACCUGAAGAACAUUCAGCGCAAGGAUCUGCUAACGAUGUACACCUGCCAGGCCAGCAAUGGCCAUGUCGUCCCGGCGCUGACCAAAAAAGUUAUCCUGGACAUGAACCUACCUCCACUGAGUUUGCUGCUUCAGGGACUCAACCACGCUGUAGUCGCCGGCACACGCACCCAUGUAACCUGCACGGCAGUCGGUGCUCGUCCGCCGCCACACAUCAUAUGGUCCAAGGCUGGUCAGAUACUGAAGGGUGCUUCACAGUCGACUGCCUCCGAUGGCAAUACGACCAUAUCUGAGCUGAUGCUCAUACCCGUGCCGGAGGACAAUGAGCGUCAAGUGGUAUGCUCCAUUGCUCUCAACUCUGGCAUAACAUCUCAGCAACUGCACGAAGGUGAUACCACGGUAAUGACAACAAUGGGAAAUGGGAACAUGGGCCUCUACCUGAAGGAUUCCCGUGUGCUCAAUGUGACGCAUGCACCCAUUGUUAAUCUGAAUUUGGGCGCGCCACUCGAUCCCAAUAACCUGCUCAAGGGUUCCGAUGUCUAUCUGGAGUGCGAUGUGCGUGCUAAUCCUGCGAUUACCCGCGUCGAAUGGUAUCACAAUGAUAAGCAACUGCACUCAUCACGUGGCGUAAUCAUAUCCAAUCAAACACUGGUACUCCAGGGUAUCUCCAAGUCGUCACAUGGCCAAUACUUUUGCCGCGCUACCAAUCUGCAGGGUAGCGUGUCUAGCAACGAGGUUUACCUGGAUGUCAAAUAUCCGCCCGUGUGCAAGUCAGACUCGACGAUUAUACGCGCCGCACUCAAGCAGACAAUCAACAUUACCUGUGAGGUGGAUGCCAAUCCACUCGAUAAUCUAAAUUACAAGUGGCACUUCAACAACUCGCUGGAGAGUCUCAUCGAGUUGCCGAUGCUGGCGCAGCUAGUGCCCGCCACGCUGCCAAUGCCGCUGCAAGUGCCAUCCGGCGGAUAUUAUCAGCGCAGCAAACGGAAGCACACACAUGGCGCCCAACGUCUGCUGCACGGUCGCCACGGACGCGUGGCUAGCAUUGUGGACAUGACAGCUGCUGGUGCCGUACACUUCGAGGAUGACUACGAGCUGGAGCACGAGGAGCAAGAGCUCGACAGCUAUACGGAUUAUGUGGAGCAGCCCUACACGCAAAUGGUCUACUCGAACAUGAUGCACAAAAACCAUGUAGAAAACAAACAGCCCCCUCGCAAGCAGCAAACACAGCAGCAGCAGCUCCUCCAACCCAGCGGCGAUUCAGCUUCGCAUCACAGCAAUGCGGCCAGCAGUGUGCAGCUGGCAGAGCGCAAGCGGUUGGCGGCGCUGCAUAAACAGCAGCACCAUCGCCAGUUGCUGGCCACGCCUGCGACUACAGCAGCGCCCCCCUUGAACAAUGUUUACAGUUAUCAUGUGGAAAGCUAUGAGAGCUUUGGCGCCAUCUCCUGCGUGGCCAACAGCCCCAUGGGCCACAGCCAGCCCUGUUGGUAUCACAUUCAGCCGGCAGAUCUACCCGAACCGGUAAAAAACUGUACGACGUAUAAUGCCACGGCUAACUCGUUGCAGAUACAAUGCAUACCCGGCUAUGAUGGCGGCAUUCCACAGCAUUUUCAUGCCCAGGUCUACGAUGAGCUCACCCGCCAGAUACUUUACAAUGCCUCCUAUAAGUAUGCGGACUUUACAGUAAAGCGUCUGCCUAGCGAUUCGGCUUUCAACAUACGUGUAACAGCUGUCAAUGCACAGGGAGCCAGCAAGGUGGCAUAUCGCGUGCGUGGACGCACACUCUCCGCGCCCCUUCUGCGAACAGCAUCCUCGACCGCGGUGCUAGUGCAAUUGACACCGCUGCUGGGCGCGCUAGUUGGCGUCAUUGCGACACUCUUUUUGGUGGCCAUUUGCGUUGUGAUCUUUAUUAAAUUCCGCAGCAAACAGAGCCGCCGCCAUGUGAAUGGUGAUGCCACCACAACGGAGGCGGACAAAGGCAGCGCUGAGCCGCUGUCGCGCAACAUGGGCAGCCAUUCAAGUUUGGAGGACAAAAACCCGGAUGUGGUGCCACAGGAGGCCAACAGCGAGGACGAGUUCCAUCUGGAAGAGAAGGCUUUCGACCGCUUGAAUAUGGAAUCACAGCGCAUUCUGUACACACCACCCACGCGCAUUAACACCGCUUCGCCGCCGCCGCCUUCGCUCUCGCCCACCUUUGGCAAACAGUAUGGGGAACUGUCGUUGACCACCAAUCCCGCCUUUAGCUUAUACAACACACCACAGAGGGCGCCAGCUGCACAGCGUCCGGUAUACACGGCUCCACCGCCGCUCUUGUCGACACGAACACCACCAAACAUCUAUACGAGAAUACCGGGACGUGGCAGCAGUGGUCCCAAUGGAGGAGCCACCACCUAUCUUCCCGCCUACGAAACCCGCACAUCUCCCACCUCGCCCUACGGCUCGACAACCACCUGCACGAUGCCGCUGCUGAACGGCCAGUCGAACGGCUCCCUGCAAACCAACAGCAGUAGCAUUGGAGGUGGAAUAACGUGUAAUACAUUGCCGCAUCCAGGCAGCCUGCACUUGGGCGGCGUUUCGGCAGCGAUGACCAGUUCAGUGACCAGCGGUAAUAUAACCAUUGGAGCUGCCCAAUCGCUGCUCACCUCGCCACGUGCCCAAACAGCCUACAGCACACUGGGAAGUGUAGCUGGCACGCAAUCGCCGCUGCUCAGCGUGGGCAGCUCCCUGAUGGGAGUCGUCGGUGGCGGUGUGGGCGGUAACUAUGAGACGGUGAGCUCCUGAGAGUUAGCCAAAGAUGACAUUAAAUGUCAGAUCGUGUGCAUUGGGGGGAGCAGUACGUGCACCACGUCAGGCGCUGAGCGCACCACCAUCGUCUAGAGAACCUGACCCAAAACCAGAACUGUAAUCCCAUAUUGUAUUAUAGUUAUGUAGUUCAGCUGCCCAACAUACACUUUCGUUUAGCUUUUUGGAAUAACACCCAGCUGAAAAUGGCAUAAAGCGAAGCGAACAAAAAAACAAUAAUAAGACUUCCAAAAUGGCAGAGCGAUCAUAGAAUGUUAUAUGGGUAAGUGAGAGAUCUUAAAUCGACUAAACUUAACUGUAAACCACAAGAGAACAAAGCAUUUAUAGUUUACUUGUACCAGGAACACAGUUUUCAUAGCGUUGUUUAUAUGUAUGUAUAUGUGUGUGCAGAAAUGAUGACAUAUAUUCCAUAUAUAUAUUUCGGUGAAACCAGGCAAUACUAAUAGUUGUAGCUUUUAUUUAUGUACCAAGAAUCAGUUAAAUACUGAGCCACAUAAACUACUUAUACUUGACAUACUUUGUGCGCAAAAAAUACUUCAGUGAAAAUAAUGAGCUAUGCUUGUGAAUUCAUCAAGAAACUAGUUUAAACAAAUACUUAACAACUAAAUGGAAAUACACCAUGGUAAAAAUUACAAAAAAUAAAAUCUAUAUAUAUGUAUAUCUAAAAAUCCCUUGAGAAUUUAGAUGUAGCCAGAGUUGUAUAUAUUAACUAGGCUAAGACUAAGUGAACCAUAAAAUAUAGCAUUAAUUGUAGCCAUUUAACUCAUGUAGUCUAAACUAAAUUAGUUAGUCACAUUGAAUCUACGAAAAGACUAUCCCCCUUUCAUGAAUGAACAAAUCCUGAGUAUAUUAUUGACUUAUAUGGCAUAAAUAACAUAACAUAGGCAUAUAUG